AAAAAGGAAAAUAAAGGGAUGGUUGUAUGGGCAAGAUGCUGAGGGUGAUGGUGUGGUUGGCUUUAGGCGUUUUUUGCUUUGCUUUUGUUUUGGUCUUUCUUUCUUUGGGUUUUAGGAGGUUUUUAGUGGUGAUUUGGUAAAUUAUAGUGGUUUUGUGAUGGCAGUGUUCAUGAAGGGCGGAGAAAGCAGCAUGCUCUGCUUUUGGCUCUGGAAGCAAGAACAUUGCUCCCGAGAAUUUAGCUAUAGCAUGUACUUCGCUGAUUGAUACCCAUCAAAUUGGUUAAAAGGGAACAAAAAAUCUACAGAAACCGAAAGCUGCUCGGUAGGUUUGAUUACACCAAGGAAAAUAAAUUAAAGCCAAUUUUGAAAUCUGUUUUCCAUAUCUGAAAUCAGGGGAAAAGGUUAAAAUUCGUUAAAGAAAAACCAUGAACAUCUUAGGGGGAGGAGAUUAUAAUUUUGAAAAUCAUAACAGGCACAGUUUGCCAUUGGUUGAGUGGGAAGCCUUCAUUAACAAUGUUGCUCACAAAAAGGUGUCAAGAAGAUUACUUGCCUCUUAUGCUUAGCUAAUGUCUGAUUCUUUGCCUUUUCAUGAAUCCACCUCCUUGGGUUUAUCAUGAAGUCAUCUUCCGAACUACAACCCAUUCUUCGUAUUCUCUCUUCUGCAAGCUCCUCAUUUUCAACUGUCACUUACCCAUGCAUCGACAACAUGAAUCGAAUCCUCAUUUUCUUCCACACCAACAACCGCCCCAGCCACGGGCUCACCCUUUGCCUUCCCAGCAACAUCCUGAGCCCCAGGCUGAUCCCGCUCGUUCACGGCGACAGAAGCGGGCUCAGCAACAUCCCGAGUCCCAGGCGGGGCCUGAUCCCGCUCAUUCACGGCAACACCCUGAGCGACGGCCUUUGCCUUCCCAGCAACAUCCUGAGCCCCAGGCUGAUCCCGCUCGUUCACGGCGACAGCCACGGGGUCACUUCUUUCCUUCCCAGCAACAUCCCGAGCCCCAGGCGGGGCCUGAUCCCGCUCAUUCACGGCAACAGCCUGAGCGACGGGUUCAAUUUGGUCCUUCACCAGAACAUGCUUCACAGCAACACCCUGAGCCACCGGCUCACCCCGAGAUUUCUUCACCGCAACAUUUCCGACGCUGGACUGACCCUUUGCAUCACCCAUCCGGUUUGCGGGUGCCAGAGCCUCAAAAAACUAAACCUCUGAUAUGGUUUACUGCAGUCUUCUGUGUAAUUUUCUGGGUCAUUAUAAUUGUUGGAGGCCUAGUCGUCCUUAUAGUCUAUUUGCUCUUCCGCCCACGAAGCCCACGUUUCGACGUAUCAAGUGUCACUCUGAAUGCUGCAUAUCUUGACAUGGGCUAUCUACUCAAUGCUGAUGUCACCGUGUUGGCAAACUUCACAAAUCCAAACAAGAAGGUGCAUGUGGACUUCAGUUAUUUGGUCGUUAAUCUCUACUACGAAGACACCCUUAUUGCCAGCCGGGCCAUUUAUCCUUUCUCAGUAGCAAGCAGGCAGACCAUGUUUGCAGAUGUUCAUAUGGUUACCAGUCAGGUUCGGCUGCCAAUAAAAGACAGCCAAAAGCUCACUGAGCAGAUUCAGAACAACGGAAUCGAAUUUCAACUAAAGGGUUACUUCAGGACAAGAUCUAAUCUGGGAAGUUUUCUUCGCUACUCUUACUGGUUGUACGGCAAAUGCAGUAUCGUGGUGACUGCACCUCCUAGUGGUGUAUUAGUAUCUAGGAGUUGCAGAACAAAACGUUGAAAAUGAACCCAUUUUGGAUUACUCUUACAUUUAAGUGCAAUUGUUCUACCUUGCACAUUAAGGUUGGAUAUCAUUGAUUGUCGCAAUCCCUACUCAAAUGCAUCCAAUGUUUUUUCUUGUAAGUUGUACCA